CAGUUCCUCUGGCUCCAGACAUUUGAAAGCUGGAACUGCGAGCACGUCUGUUGGACCCUAGUGCCUCCCCAUCACAUCCCGGCUCAAACUCCCUGUAGCGGUAAGAGGUCCCACCGCUGUGCUACGAGCAUGGAACUGAAUGAUGCUAACCUAUCAACACUCACCGAGUUCCUCAGGAAAACACUGGACCCAGACCCAGCUGUCAGACGUCCAGCGGAAAAGUUUCUCGAAUCUGUGGAGGGAAACCAGAACUACCCCUUAUUACUUCUCACUUUGCUGGAGAAGUCUCAAGACAACGUGAUCCGCGUCUGUGCCGCUGUUACAUUCAAGAACUACAUCAAAAGAAACUGGCGCAUUGUCGAAGAUGAACCAAACAAAAUCUCUGAUACAGACCGAACCGCGGUCAAGGCAAACAUCAUAAAUUUGAUGCUAAGCAGUCCGGAACAGAUUCAAAAACAGUUGAGUGAUGCCAUCAGUAUCAUAGGGAGGGAAGAUUUCCCUCAAAAAUGGCCUGACCUCCUAACUGAGAUGGUGACCCGCUUCGGAAGUGGAGACUUUCACAUCAUUAAUGGAGUGCUUCGUACUGCACAUUCUAUCUUCAAGAGGUACCGCCAUGAGUUCAAAUCAAAUGAGCUUUGGUCAGAGAUCAAACUCGUGCUGGACACAUUUGCGCUGCCCCUGACAGAGCUGUUCAAGGCCACUAUUGAGUUGUGUCAGACUCAUGCCACAGACAUCAAUGCCUUGAAGGUCCUCUUUUCCUCCCUCACGCUCAUCUCCAAGCUUUUUUACAGUCUUAACUUCCAGGACCUCCCAGAGUUUUUUGAAGACAACAUGGAAACCUGGAUGACCAAUUUCCACGGCCUGCUGACUUUGGAUAAUAAACUUUUACAAACAGAUGAUGAGGAGGAGGCAGGUCUCCUAGAGCUCCUGAAGUCUCAGAUCUGCGACAACGCUGCUCUUUACGCUCAGAAGUAUGAUGAAGAGUUCCAACCGUAUCUUCCUCGCUUUGUCACUGCUAUCUGGAACCUUUUAGUUUCUACUGGUCAGGAAGUCAAAUAUGACCUGCUUGUAAGCAAUGCUAUCCAGUUCUUGGCUUCGGUCUGUGAAAGGCCACACUACAAACAUCUAUUUGAGGACCAGAACACACUCACUAGCAUUUGCGAGAAGGUCAUUGUGCCCAACAUGGAGUUCAGAAGUGCAGAUGAGGAGGCCUUUGAAGAUAACUCCGAGGAAUACAUCCGAAGGGACCUUGAAGGAUCUGACAUCGACACUCGGCGUAGGGCGGCGUGUGACUUGGUGAGAGGUCUUUGUAAGUUUUUCGAGGGCCCCGUCACUGCGAUCUUCUCUGGCUAUGUGAACUCGAUGCUAGCAGAGUUCGCCAAGAACCCUGGGCAGAACUGGAAACACAAAGAUGCCGCCAUCUAUUUGGUCACAUCACUUGCGUCUAAAGCCCAGACACAGAAGCACGGGAUAACGCAAGCCAAUGAGUUGGUGAAUCUAAAUGAAUUCUUUGUAAAUCACAUCCUCUCAGACUUAAAAUCCCCCAAUGUUAAUGAGUUCCCAGUGCUGAAGGCAGAUGCUAUCAAGUACGUCAUGAUCUUCAGAAGCCAGCUUCCGAAGGAGCAGCUGCUGCAGGCCGUUCCUCUACUGAUAACUCACUUGCAGGCAGAGAGCACAGUGGAGCACACUUACGCUGCCCAUGCUCUGGAGAGACUGUUCACUAUGAGAGGCCCCAACAACACCACACUCAUCACUCCUGUAGAGAUGGCACCUUUCAUUGAACAGUUGCUCAACAAUUUAUUCAAGGCACUGGCUUUUCCUGGUUCUGUAGAAAAUGAAUACAUCAUGAAAGCCAUCAUGCGCAGCUUCUCCCUGCUACAAGAUGCCAUUGUUCCGUACAUUCCCACUCUGAUUGGUCAGCUUACUCAUAAACUCCUAGCAGUCAGCAAGAAUCCCAGCAAGCCCCACUUCAACCACUACCUGUUCGAGUCCCUGUGCCUGUCUGUCCGCAUCACCUGCAAGGCCAACCCCAUUACUGUCAGCAGCUUCGAGGAGGCUCUCUUCCCGGUCUUCACUGAAAUCCUUCAGAAUGAUGUCCAGGAGUUUCUUCCAUACGUGUUCCAGGUGAUGUCUCUCCUCUUAGAGAUCCACGACAACUCUAUUCCCUCUUCCUACAUGGCUUUAUUCCCUCACCUGCUGCAGCCGGUGCUCUGGGAACGGACAGGAAACAUACCCCCUCUGGUGCGCCUGCUCCAGGCUUACCUGGAGAAAGGAGGUGCCACGAUUGCCAACUCUGCUGCAGAUAAAAUACCUGGCUUGCUUGGAGUUUUCCAAAAGCUUAUUGCUUCUAAGGCCAAUGACCACCAAGGUUUUUACCUUCUCAACAGCAUCAUAGAGCACAUGCCCCCAGAGUCAAUCAUUCAGUACAGGAAACAGAUCUUCAUUUUGCUCUUCCAGAGGCUCCAAAGCUCCAAAACCACCAAGUUCAUCAAGAGUUUCUUGGUGUUUAUCAACUUGUAUAGUGUCAGAUAUGGAGCCAUUGCACUGCAGGAGAUUUUUGACAGCAUCCAACCGAAAAUGUUUGGAAUGGUGCUGGAAAAAAUAGUUGUUCCAGAGGUUCAGAAGGUUUCUGGAGCCGUUGAGAAGAAGAUCUGUGCUGUUGGCAUCACCAAAGUCCUCACCGAGUGCCCUGCGAUGAUGGACACGGAGUACACGAAAAUCUGGACCCCACUGCUCCAAGCCCUCAUCGGUCUGUUCGAGUUACCAGAAGACGACAGCAUACCAGACGACGAGCACUUCAUCGACAUCGAAGACACACCCGGGUACCAGACGGCGUUCUCGCAGCUGGCCUUUGCCGGGAAGAAGGAGCACGACCCGAUUGGAGACGCUGUCGGCAACCCCAAGAUCCUGCUGGCACAGUCACUCCACAAGCUUUCUACUGCCUGUCCGGGGAGGGUUCCUUCGAUGCUGAGCACCAGUCUGAAUGCAGAGGCUCUCCAGUACCUGCAGGGAUACUUACAGGCAGCCACGGUGCAGUUGGUUUGAAACUGAUGUGAUGGUGUUCACAUUACAAGGAGACCACACAUACACUGCAGGAGUAGCCACAGGCCCUGGGUCACGCAACAGACCUGCUUCAGCUGAACUUUACAGAUUUGGUUUGACUUGACAGUUGACGGAUUUGCUAGAAAAAUAAUCAGUUUGCCUGAAUUUGGGGUGUGUACUCAGAUGGAAUUUUUUUUUUAAAAGGGGUUUUUAAAAAAGACAUGACCAAAACAUUGACAUCACUGAAUUACUUUGUUUUGUGUUUGGACCCUUUGUUUGCCGUUUAACAAAAGGCGAACAAGAUAUCAUCCUCUGAUACAAUUGUCAAUCUAUUUUCCAACAACAACAACAGCAGCAGCAGUGGAGGUAAAAUUCAACAGUAUUGUGGAAUGCUAAACAUCAGAUUCAUAUGGGAGGGAUUUCUUUUUGUAUGUUUGAAUUCCUUUCUGUGGUUCUGGAGACUGUAGUCUGGCUUGAACACAAUGCUUAAUAUUUUUCCAUGGCAUGUUUCCUGUAGAUUUGUUUUUGUCUAGUCUUUGGUUCUGUUUGUUAAUGUGAAUAAAAAGAGGCACUUGUAUAGAUCUUG